AUGCGCCUCAAGAAGCAACACGAACCCACCUGGGUAUGGCGCUAUAAGCACCAUACUGAGGUGCUUUCGACCAUCUGGUCCUACCUAACUCUUUUAGUGAAUGAUCUUAUUCCCGACGCCUUUGUUCGAAUGCUCAACGUCAACCUCCAGCCACUCGACUUCUUCACCGGAAAGACGUUUACUAACCCCGCAGCUUCUCUGACUCCGUUCUUCUUGCCCACCGACAAAAAGGUGCAGCGUAAAAAGAAGAACAAGUCUAUCGAGCACACGAUCAAGUUCCCCAAGCACCUGGGAAAGGCUCACAAGUCCACCGACAAGCCGACCUCGGAAGACAUCCAACUGCAGAAGGAUCUUACAGAGGAGCUUCAGAAAUUCUGUCUUCUUGCCCAAUCGUAUCGAGGAUGCGAUGGAAUGACUCGCUUCGAUCGGCCAUCAAAUGUCAACACAGAGAAGAUCCGGACUUUGGCCGGCUCUGUCCCAUUCCAAGUUUCCUGGGCGAUGGAAUACAAGCAAGGUGCCCGUAUUAUUACUCUUGUACCAGAGGCCUAUCCCGACCCUGCCCGGCCCUCGGCGACUGAAAUUGAGAUCUUGAUCGCCGUCAUCAUUCAGGGCCUGCGCCAGCAGAGUCACGAGCUUGGCUUUUCCGACCCUAAGACCAGAAACAAGUUGCCUUUGGGCUCCGUCAACUUUGUCAUCCCAGCUCUUAUUAUUUCUGUCUACCCUGGUGCUCAAAUCCGGGUUUUGUACGGCUACAUGGUUAACAAUCAGCUCCACUUGCACUUCACCCAGCUCCACCAAUUCACCAAGGACAACUUCCAGACAAUGUUGGAAGCGACUCUCCGCUGGGUCUUCCCUAUUGCUCUAGGCCAAGCCGCCAAGCUCGUUACCCUCCCCGAUAUCCAGGAAGAAGAGGAAGAUGUAGAAGGAGAAGACUGGGAGGAUCUGGAGGAUGAACAGUCGGAAGAAGAUGUUAAAGAGUGUGCGCUGCACUUGUACGCCGCUGCAGAAGUUGAUGAUGGUCAUGUAAUGGGGACGUCUCAAGAGCGUAUGAAUGUGUCGAGUAUCUCUACCUCUAUUGUCACUGCUACGUCCACCACCACGAGGAAGACUAAGAACAAGAGAGCUACUAAGAAGGGAAAGAGACGUUCACGUUGA